AUGGAUAAGCAUGCGAACGCUUCUUGCGCGGACCAUAAGGAUCAAGGCAAGACACCCGAUCCUGGGUGCUGCGAGGGCGAUAGCUGUGGUUGCGAUGACACAUGCAUUGACGAGCUCGCUCGUGUAAUCUGUGCUGAUGACGACACCCAUCUCCACACCCGAGCGGAGGCAGGUAGCCGCCUGAGCGGCGACGCUUCGAUUGGAUCUGACUGUACUUGUUGCGACGAGGACAAAGAAAUCGAGGCCGAGGACAAGGCGGACGGAGAAGCCACUACGCAGUCGACACCCCCUAAGCCAGUCCAGCAUUGCGCGCACUCCGGUCUUCGCAAGCGCACUACUGCACAACGACCCUCAUCCUCGUCCUCUGUCCCUAAGCAAGCGUGCGGCGAGCACCGCAACAUGGCCCGCAACCGCUACAACGAUACUUUAGCCGCCUUUGGAUGCGUCUGCAAGGCACUUCUUGCGCGUGGCCUCAAGUCCUGCUGUACUCCUCCGAGCCUCGCCGGGAAGGCCAUUGCGUGGCCUCCGUCGAGCAAGCACGGCGCCAAGCUCACUAACAGGCGCACAUCUGCGGAAAGCUCUCGUGCCCCCUCUGUGAGCAGCUGCUGUGGCAAGAGCGACUGCGGAGGCGGACAAGCCCUGAGCAUCCGCAGUCUUCCCUACAGUGGCCAUGUGGGAUCGCGAUCCGUUCGCUCUCGCUCUUGUGCCUCUGUAGAUUCAUGCUGCCGUGACAGUUGUUGCGGCGACGGGUCGGAUGAGAAGAGUGAGCACGUUGCUAUUGACAUGGCGGAGAAGGGUGCAGGUGCAUACAACGAGCAUGUCGUUCUCGCCAUCAAGGGAAUGACGUGUACCGGCUGCGAGAACAAACUCAUUCGUACGCUCAAGGGAAUUCCCGCUAUCCAUAACGCGAAGACAAGCCUCGUCCUAUGUCGUGCUGAAUUUGACUUCGACAACGACGCCACGGAUAUCACUUCCCUAGCCCAGCUAAUCGAGAAACGUUCGGGCUUCUCUGCAGAAGUAAUCAAGGCGGGAUUCACUCGCGACCUCCUCAUCAACGUUCCACGGUCUCUUCAGGAGCAGUUCAUGGCUGCUGCACGUCCAAAUGGCGUCCAGGUGGCGGUCCGUUCAGGGAAGGAUACCCUAAUCGUCAAGUACGACCCCAACCUCAUCGGAGCACGGGACGUGAUAGAGGCCUACUGCGCAUUCACUCCUGUCUUGGCCCCCGAACCUCUGGAUCCAUCCAUUGCGGCCGGUGCGAAGCACGUCCGCUUGUUGUCUGCCCGCGCCGUCCUUUCCGCAUUGCUCACGAUUCCCGUCCUCGUCAUGACUUGGGCGCCUCUCCCUCCUCACCCCCAUGCUUAUGCAAUUGCCUCCCUCGUACUCGCCAGUAUCGUCCAGGUCGCCAUUACAGGUCCUUUCUAUAUCAGCUCGUUCAAGAGUUUGGUGUUUUCCCGCCUCGUCGAGACCGAAUUGCUCAUCGUUCUCAGUACCACCGCCGCAUAUGUCUACUCCGUCGUCGCCUUCGCCUUCGAGAUGGUCGGCCGACCGCUUGCGACUGGACAGUUUUUCGAGACGAGCACGCUGCUCGUCACGCUCAUUAUGGUGGGACAGGUCAUCAGUGCUAUCGCCCGCCAGCGCGCGAUCGAGGCCAUCUCUAUCCGGUCUCUGCAGGAGAAGACAGCAUGCAUCGUCUUUCCCGACAAGACCGAGCGCGUUCUCGACGUCCGCCUCCUCCAUUCCGGCGACAAGUUCAAGGUCCUCCCCGAUUCCGCCAUUAUCACCGAUGGCGAAGUUAUCUCCGGAACGAGCACCGUCGACGAGUCGAUGAUGACGGGCGAGUCACGUCCCGUUGAGAAAGGUCCGGGAGACGCAGUCAUCGCCGGCACGCUGAAUGGCCCUAGCACGCUCGUGGUCAAGGUCACACGUCUCCCUGGGGAGAACACGAUCAGCGAGAUUGCGGGCAUGGUCGACGAUGCGCGCUUCUCGCGUGCCCGCGUGCAGGAGACUGUCGACUGGGUCUGUGGUUGGUUCGUCCCCGUGGUUCUCGCGCUCGCCAUCGUCACCUUCGCCGUCUGGAUGGGUGUGGGUGUUAGCGUGCGGCACCAGUCCUCUGGACAUGCGGCCGUGGUCGCGCUCACGUAUGCCAUCUCUGUGCUCGCGAUCUCAUGCCCCUGCGCUGUUGGGCUCGCCGUCCCGAUGGUGAUCCUCAUAGCCGGCGGGGUCGGUGCGAAGCUGGGCCUGGUAUUCAAGUCCGCAACUACCAUUGAGCAGGCGCGGAAAGUCACUCACGUCGUUUUGGACAAGACAGGGACCGUCACUCAGGGCAAGUUGUCCGUUACAAGCCGCUUUAUCGACGAGGAUCCAGGAUUCGACGUGCUUUCAGUCGUCGCAGAGCUCGUCGCAAGCAGCCGGCACCCCGUUGCCCGUGCUGUAGCAGCUGACUUGAAGCUCGCCCCUCCCGCGAAACCAUCAGUCGACGACAUCGAGAUGGUCACCGGCAGAGGCGUCCAAGGAGACUACCGCGGGAAGCUGCUUCGCGGAGGCAGCGCGCAGUGGGUCGGGAUGCAGUCUCAUCCGGCCGUGCAGCCCCUCCUUGCCCAGGGCCUCACGACAUUCUGCGUCAUUCAUGGCAUGCGCCUCGUCGCCGCUUUCGGGCUCUCCGACGCCCUUCGCCCGGAAACACAGUCCGUCAUCAAGUCCCUCACCGCCCGCAACAUCCGCGUCUCCAUCCUCAGCGGCGACCAUCCCGCUGCGGUUUCGUCCACGGCCGCUAUGCUCGGCAUCCCACCCGAGCGCGUGCGCGCUAGCUGCCUCCCCGCGGACAAGCAAGUUUACAUCAAGGACCUCGCUGCCCAAGGCGAGAUUGUCCUCUUCUGCGGAGACGGUACGAACGAUGCCGUCGCGCUCGCUCAGGCGGCUGUCGGAGUGCACCUCCAUACUGGUGAGGGUGCCGGCGUCGCGGCGUCGACUGCGGCGGACGUCGUCCUCACUCACCCGUCGUUGGUUGGGAUCGUCACACUGCUCGAACUGUCGGACGCUGUGGCGCGGCGGAUCACGGCGAACUUCGCGUGGUCGGCCAUCUACAAUCUCGUCGCUAUCUUACUAGCGGCUGGUGCAUUUGUACACGCGCGCAUCCCGCCUGCAUACGCUGGUCUCGGAGAAGUUGUCAGCGUUGUGCCUGUGGUGUUGGUUGCGAUGCAGCUGAAGUGGUUCAAGGCGGUUGGUACUAUGGAGAAAUAUGACUAA